GUAACUGUAAUCUGCGGUCUCACAACACCUCACAUCAUCGGAGAAUCGUAAAGAGUGGAAGCAUUACAUCAAUCGUCUCUGUAUCAAUUAUGGAUCCUCGUCAGUUCCAAAACAUCGUUGUUAAGGAGAAUGAUAUUCAUAGCGUUGUAAUGUCUUAUCUUCUUCACAACUGCUUUAAUGAAACUGCUGACUCUCUUGCUUCUGCUUAUGGAGUAAAGCAACCUGAAGUGGAUCGUGAUAACAUGGAGAGAAGAAAACAGAUAAUGCGUUUUGUACUGGAGAAGAAGGCGUUGGAGGCUAUUGAACUAACUGAACAGCUAGCUCAGGACUUGCUUGACAAAAACAAGGAUUUGCACUUUGAUCUUCUUUGUCUUCAUUUUGUGGAGAUGGUCUCUGCUGGGAAAAAGUGCAAAGAAGCUAUUGAGUUUGCUCAGACAAGGUUGGCUCCUUUUGUGAAGGUCCAACAACAUAUAGAAAAGCUUCAAGACAUAAUGGCUUUGUUAGCUUAUGAAGACCCUGAGAAGUCUCCAAUGUUCCAUCUUGUGAGCUCUGAAUACCGACAACAGGUUGCUGAUAAUCUUAACCGCGCCAUUCUUGAACAUGCGAACCAUCCAGGCUACACACCAAUGGAAAGGCUCUUACAACAGGUGACAGUUGCGAGACAGUGCUUGACAGAGGAGAAUGGCAAAGAUGCGUUUCCUCCAUUCUCAUUGAAAGAUUCUCUCAAAGGCUAAAGAUCACAGGACUCCAAAGUUUGCUAGGAGAAGGAUAUGCUAAAAAUUGUCAUGUAAAUACAGAAAGGCUUUUGCUUCUCAAUGUCAUCUGCAUUGUUUUGAAAUCUGUAUUUAACUCCAGCAAAGAGGGAUAAAAGGUUACUCAUUCAUGGCUACAGAUGGUUUCAAUUUUGCUGUUGCAGGAGAUGAAUAUUGUUAAAAGACCAGUUCUAUUUGGUUUAGUUCAUUCGUUUCUGUACCAGAAGAUUGUAACCCAUAAAUUCAAGCUUCU